AUGUCCUCCGUCCCCCACGACAACCCCGCUGUGUCCCUCCGAUCCAGCCUCAACAAGAGACAAAAGACUUCGAAGACAGAAUUUCUGCAACAAGAUGGCGGGCUUGAGGCGUCCAGGGAUGCACGGCAGAUUGUGAGGCUGGUACAAUGCCCUCGAUGCUCGUAUCCGUUGCAGGAACCAGUCACUCUACCAUGCGGGAACUCCAUCUGCAAGACGUGUAUCCCAGAACUACACCUCCGACAGAAUAUAUCGUAUCCUGCCACGCCAAACCGACUGCAAGGCUUCACUUGCCCGUUUCCCACGUGCGGGGUUGACCAUGCCGCCGGGGAUUAUAGCGUGGAUGUGGUGCUGAACAAGAUCAUGUACAUGGUGAGGAAAGAGGUCGAGGCAUAUUCAGAUUCGGUCGAGGCUUCGGAAAUAGUGCAUCAGUUACAAGAACGGGAUAGAUGGUCGAUUGCAGGCGUCACUUCUUUGCGGGAUGAAGAGGUGCGAAGUCGGGUCCUGGCUGGAGGACGACUGAUUGCAACGUAUAUAAUGGCACAGAUGGGGGAGUUGGCAUACGAUUCGGAAGUUGUAUAUACACCGAUGUCACCGAAUUGCGACAAGUCCGAUGCGUUAGAUACGGCUGUGCUGGAACACUUGAAGGAAUCAACGAGGGCGGAACUGGAUUGUCAAGUUUGCUAUGGGCUCUUCCUGGAACCAUUCACUACCACCUGUGGACAUACAUUCUGCCGGUCAUGUCUGCACAGAGUACUGGACCAUUCAAAUCUAUGUCCCAUCUGUCGACGAAGGCAAGCUAUCACCCCUGGAACGGCUGAUAAAGCGCCUACCAACGUCAUACUCUCCAAGCUUCUCACAGGACUCUGUCCAGAAGCUCUUGCUGCUCGUGCCGAAGCUGCGGAAGCGGAAGCAAGUCCCGGAACUCAGGAGCUGGACAUGCCGUUAUUCAUCUGCACACUUUCCUUCCCCGACGUACCUACGUUUCUUCACAUCUUCGAACCCAGAUAUCGACUUAUGAUUAGACGGGCGAUAGAAAACGGCGAUAGGAAAUUCGGUAUGCUUCUGCACAACUCGUCUCGAGUUCCCCAAGGAGAGCUGGGUCCAGUCAACUUCUACGAAUAUGGAACACUGCUGCAUAUCGAGAGUAUGCACCUUAUGCCGGAUGGGAGGAGCUUGAUUGAAACUGUCGGAGUAUCUAGAUUCCGGGUUCUGAAGCAUGGGACUUUGGACGGAUACACGAUUGGGAAAAUAGAAAGGGUAGACGAUAUCAGUAUUGCGGCGGAAGAAGCCCUCGAGGCUCAGGAAACAGGCACUUCAGCCCUCCGGAGCAUCUCCGCACAGGACCACUUCGGCGCACCACCGCACCACUCUCCGCCAAUUUCCUCUCAAUCCUCCAAACUCGACAGAAUGUCGACACAAGCUUUGUUUGAACUAGGAGUCGCGUUCGUCAAGAAGAUGCGCGAGCAGUCUGCACCCUGGCUACAUGCCAGAGUCUUCCAGGCAUAUGGCGAGUGUCCGAGUGAUCCGGCUGUGUUCCCAUGGUGGUUUGCGAGCGUGCUACCCACUGCCGAGUCGGAGAAGUACAAUCUGCUCAUGACGAAUAGCGUGAGGCAGAGAUUGAAGAUAUGUGCCGGCUGGAUUGCGGACAUUGAGGGGCAGAACUGGAAUCAAAGUUCCAGCUGUAAUGUCCUGUGA